AUGGAAGUCACCAACGGAGAGAUCCUCAAAGGUUUACGGGCUCGACUUGACCACGCUGGAGGCAGUUGGGUCGAUGAACUCCCUAGUGUCUUGUGGGCCCAUCGCACCACACCAAGAAAGGCGACUAGCAUCACACUAUUUCAUCUAGUGUACGAAGGUGAAGCGGUGGUCCUCGUGGAAGUGGAUGUAGAAUCUGACCGGGUGCAGCUCUACGACGAGGAUAACACUGAGAGGAGACUCAUGGAACUCAACUUGGUAGAUGAAGCCCGAAAUAAGGUUUUCAUCCAUCUCAUGGCAUAUAAGCAACGAAUGAAGCAAAAUUACAAUCGGAGGGUGAUCCCAAGGUCCUUCCAAGCUCUGCUCGGGAGGUCAGUGAUGAUCUGGUGUGGAAAAGAAUAA